UCUGAUGGUGCCUUUGCCUACUGUGAUACAGGCUUGCAAACUACAGGCUCGUAACAUAACAUAAAUGUAAAGUAUAAUCAGAGCUAUAGCUGAAUGCAACCAGUAUGUCUCAGAAGGCCAUGAAAGUAGUAGUGGAACUUAAUCUCAGAGCGGUGACUUGUCCGGGGGUGCACCUGCAGGCUAAAGAUGACGUCUACCUGAGCGUGUGUCUGAUGAAUCAGUACAGGCAGUCCGAGUGCCUACCCGCCGUCUUCCCGUUAUUGUUACGGGAGAAGAUGAGGUUUGAAAAAGUCUUCUGGCAUGCCUCAGACCCUGGAGCAUUGGCUGAAGUUCUCGAGAGUGAGAUAGCCAAAGUGGAGCUGAUUCAGCUGACACCCCCAGUCGGUGAGUCGCUGGCCAGUUUUGUGGAGGAUGCCCGCAGCUUCCUGUACCCAGAGCCCAAACUGGUUCCGCCCGUGGGAGGAGUGGACCGAGCCGUGCUCAUGAGCAGAGGACCCGCCUUCCUGGGCAUCUGCCCACAGCUGGAGUUCAGCACCAGGACGGUCAUCAGUGAGUGGAGUGCCAGCGAAGAGACGGCCUACAACCCUGUCCCUCUGCGGGUACUGACACAGAAGCUGAGAGGAAGCGGCGCUGCCAGGCCGCCCUGA